AUGGCAGCUCCCGUCACCAAGCUUCCGCUGUUGAAAUUGCCCGCUGGGCCUGCGCCUUUGACUCCGGAACAAGUUUACUGGAAAUCAUUCAAGUCGGCGCAAAAUGUGCCUUCGACAUCUUCAGUCACUCAUAUCUCUUUCCCUCCGCCACCGAGCAAUCCACUUCUUCCGGUUACGAAUGAUCAUUUUGCGGUAACAACUGGUACGCGAAUACAGCUUUUCUCCAUUCGAACGCGAAAACUUGUCAAGACCAUCACUCGAUUUUCCGACAUUGCGCAUAGCGGAGAGAUUCGACGAGAUGGGCGGGUUAUGGUAGCUGGUGACGACGCAGGAAAGAUACAGGUGUUUGAUAUCAAUUCGAGAGCCAUUUUGAAAACUUGGGAGGAGCACAAGCAAUCAGUAUGGACUACAAAAUUCUCGCCGACAGAAUUGACGACGUUGAUGAGCGCCAGUGAUGAUCAAACUGUGCGAUUAUGGGAUCUGCCAAGUCAAAAUAGUACCACAACUUUCGUGGGGCAUUCCGAUUAUGUGCGAAGUGGUUCUUUUAUGCCAGGUACGAUGUCGAAUUUGAUUGUAACGGGAAGUUACGAUUCCACGGUCAGACUCUGGGACUCGAGAACUUCAAGCAAGGCGGUAAUGGUAUUCAAACACGCUGCGCCUGUCGAGGAAGUGCUCCCAAUACCUUCAGGUACCACAGUCCUCGCCGCUUCAGACAACCAAAUUUCAGUCCUGGAUCUCGUUGCUGGAAAACCUCUACAAAUUAUCAAGAAUCACCAAAAGACAGUCACGUCAAUGUGUCUGGCAUCCAACGGCACAAGACUAGUAAGUGGUGGACUCGAUGGACAUGUCAAAAUAUUCGAAACUUCUGGUUGGAAUGUUGUUGCCGGCAAAAAAUACCCUUCGCCAGUAUUAUCCGUAAAUGUCAUUAGCACGGGAGCAAACCGCGAGGAUAAACAUCUCGUAGUGGGGAUGGCUUCUGGGGUACUGGCUAUUCGAACAAAACUUUCUGGGGAGCAAAAGGUCAAGGCUCGUGAGCGCGAAAAGGAAAUGCAAGCACUCAUUGCAGGGACCGUGGAUGAAUUCGACAAGAAGAAUAAAAAGAGGGCGCGGGGUCGUGGGGUUGAAGCCAAACUGAGAGGGCUGAACUUUGUAGGAGAAGGUGCUGAUGUUAUAAUUGAGGGCAAAGCUCCAAAAAGGAAAAGUGAAAGGCCUUGGGAGGCGCACCUAAGACAAGGGAAAUACCAACGAGCCCUGGACGAUGUUUUGGAAGAAAAUUUGCCUUCCGUCACAGUCCUUACUGUACUAACAGCUUUGCGACACAGAAGCGCGAUGAAGAGUGCUUUCGAAGGAAGAGAUGAAACCACUGUCCAGCCGAUUUUGAAGUGGGUCUCCAAGUAUAUCAAGGAUCCUCGAUACGUCAAUGUUUGCGUCGAUGCGGCAUUGUUAUUACUGGAUCUGUAUUCUGAGCACAUUACUGGUUCCCCGGAACUGGAAAAGAACUUCAAAUCGCUGCACAGCAGGGUGAGAACCGAGGUGGAAAGGUCACAACAGGCGUGUACUACUAUUGGCAUGUUGGAGAUGUUGAUGACGACUAUGCCUUGA